CCCUCCCCCUUUACCCACCAUGCUCCGAGACCGGACACUUCACCCCCACAGCGGCAGCUCCAGCUCCCAGAGUGGAGCCCGCGGUGAGUCUCCAAGAGCGCGUCUUCCUUGAAGUAAGAUGAGGGAAGCCGGAGGGAGGAGAAGCUGACCCCUCCCCUCCCUCGCCCCGCGCGACCACCAUGAAGGAAGAGGGCCAAGUUGCCUCCGCCGCCCCUCCACGCGGACACAACCAACUUGCCAGCCCGCCGCCGCCGCCUCCUCCGCCCAGAGCCGCUCACCUCGCCCGCAGCCCGAGGAACGGCUACGUGAAGGGCUGCGCGGCGCCUUUGCCUCGGAGCCCCCCGCUGGCUCUCCUCCGGCUCCUGCCGGGCGCUUUCCGGCGGGUCCUUUUUGCUUUGGGCGCCGCGGCAACGGUUGCGCUGCUCGGGUGGCUCCUCUGGGGGGCGAGCCAGAGGCAGGAGGGGGCGGCGGCGCCCGGAGCGGCCGGGCUGCUGCUGCUGGAGGGGCUGUGCCGCAGCCUUAGCUGUGCCUUCAGCCUGGGCUGCGCCUUCUUCUUUCUCACCCGGUACUUGGCCCGGGACGAGCCCGGCGGAGUCUGGUGGGUCCUGGCGCUGCCGCUGUGCUGCUACGCAGGGGACUGGCUGGCGCUGCAGUGGCCGCUUCUGCCCCGCCGAGAUCCAGCGGAGGAGGGCGCCCCCCAGGCUCCGCCGGCCGAACUGCAGAUAGUGGCGGGCCGGCUGCUGUGCGCGCUCGGCGCCGUGGCGGGGCUGACCUUGUGGCAGCCCAGCCUCAAAAUGGGCAGGAGCCUCCUGGUCUUGUUCUUCUCCAGCCUCGUCUGGCUGGUGUCGCUCACCAGCCUGGGCUCCCUGCCCCCGGCCCUCCGGCCGCUGCUCUCAGGCUUGGUCGGGGCGGCCGGCUGCCUGGUGGCGCUGCCGGGCGUCGAGCGGGGCAUCUUCGCCUCUUGUGGCUCGUCGCCGCAGCGGCGCCCCCUCCAGUCUCACCCGAGGCGGCUCAGCAGCGCGGAGGAGAAGAUUCCGGUGAUUCGACCCCGGAGGAGAUCCAGCUGCGUGUCCUUGGGGGAGACUUCCAUCAGCUACUAUGGCAGCUGCAAAAUGUCCAGGAGACCCUCUUUGCCUUGUAUUUCCAAAGAGCAGAUGAUUCUUUGGGACUGGGACUUAAAGCAAUGGUAUAAACCUCAUUAUCAGAUUGCUUGCAGUGGAACUGGAAUUGAUCUUUCUGUACUAAAAGAAACCCACACCAUGGUGUCUGACCUCCUGAAUGAGCCAGGCCUACCCGCUCAUGUGAUUUCUUCCCUUCGGAACAUUAGUAGCUUGAUGAGUGCUUUCUCAGGCUCAUGCAGGCAAAAAGUUAAUCUGUUUACACCAUUUCCAGGCUUUUAUCCCUGUCCAGAAAUGGAGGACUCAUCUGACAAAGGAGAUUGUAAGCCGCACAAGGGGCUAAAUAGCCGAAAUAGCUUACCAACUCCACAGUUAAGGCGGAGUUCAGGAACCUCAGGCUUUCCUCCCAUUGAACAAUCAUCCACUAGAUGGGAGUGCAAUAAUAGCAAAAGACCACAUCAUGAAUAUAAUUCUUCGAGUCAAGGAUCCUAUCCAAAUGGGCCUUUCAACACAAAUCUAUUGACGAUACCAAAACAAAGAUCUUCUUCAGUGACCUUGGCUCACAAUACAGGGUCCAGGCGAGCUGGAACUUCCUCAAAUUUAAGUCAUUUGAAUUCACCUACUAAUGGAUUUAUAUCCAGUGGGCUCCGCCAGUCACCUGUAGAAUUCCCUGAUACUGCAGAUUUCCUUACCAAGCCAAGUGUUGCUUUACACAAACCUCUGGGGUGUACAUUUAGUACUUCAGAUUUUCAGCAACCUCUUAGAACAUUGUCAUAUUAUACAUGCAGUAGUUGCAGACGUCAGAUGUUCAAGCCUGUUACAGCCUCAUUAUCAGAAUCUGCUUCAGAAUACCAAAGCAGAAAAUCAGGGGAAGAUGGAAAUAAUGAAAUUCCAAAAGACUUUACUCACCAGACAGAGAAGCAACUUGAUGGAACAGGAGAAUUAAAAACACACAAUUGUCAAAUGGUUCAGACUGAAAAUAAGCAAUUUGAUCGGGAGGAAGAGCUUCCAUUAGACCUGAUGCUAAUAGAAGACUAUGAUUCAUUAAUGGAAAAAAUGAAAAACUGGAACUUCCAAAUAUUUGAUCUUGUUCAAGAUAUGAGAGAUAAAUCUGGAAGAAUCCUUAGUCAGGUUGCAUAUGCAUUGUUUCAAGACACUGGAUUAUUUGAGAUUUUCAAAAUUCCACCUAAGCAAUUCAUGAAGUACUUUCAGGCACUAGAAAAUGGUUACCGAGACAUUCCCUAUCACAAUCGAGUACAUGCAACAGAUGUUCUUCAUGCUGUGUGGUAUCUCACAACACGACCAAUUCCUGGAUUUCAGCAAAUGCAUUCUGAUCCUACAACAGGAAGUGACAUUGAUUCUGAAAGGCAACCCAGUCAAGUUGCCUAUAUUACCUCUAAGAGCUGUAUUAUUGCUGAUGAAAACUAUGGAUGCUUAGCCUCAAAUAUUCCAGCUUUAGAAUUAAUGGCUCUGUAUGUAGCAGCCACUAUGCAUGAUUAUGAUCAUCCUGGUCGUACAAAUGCUUUUUUGGUAGCUACAAAUGCUCCUCAGGCCGUGCUGUACAACGACAGAUCUGUUCUAGAAAACCAUCAUGCUGCUUCUGCUUGGAGUCUUUUCUUAUCUCUUCCGGAGUAUAACUUUCUUCCUUGUCUGGAUCAUGUACAAUUCAAACAAUUUCGAUUUUUAGUGAUUGAAGCUAUCCUUGCCACAGAUCUUAAAAAACAUUUUGACUAUCUUGCUGAAUUUAAUGCUAAGCAGGUCAGUGAUGUAAACAAUCAGGGUAUUGAAUGGAACAAUGAGAGCGAUCGCCUAUUAGUAUGUCAGAUGUGCAUCAAACUGGCAGAUAUCAAUGGCCCAGCAAAAGCAAGAGAUUUGCACUUGAAAUGGACAGAAGGCAUUGUUAACGAAUUUUAUGAACAGGGAGAUGAAGAAGCUAGUCUGGGGUUACCUGUUAGCCCUUUUAUGGACCGCCAUAAUCCUCAACUGGCAAAAUUGCAAGAAUCUUUUAUAACUCACAUUGUUGGUCCCUUGUGUAAUUCCUAUGAUUCAGCUGGCUUGCUGCCAGGUCAGUGGAUUGAUGAAAAAGAAGAUAACAUGGAAAACGCUGAAGAUUAUGAUGUAGAAGAAUUAGAUAGUGAAUAUGAUGAAAUGGAGGAUAUUGACACAAAACUACAAAAGAAAAGUAGACAGCGAAUAUUUUGUCAACUAAUGUACCAUUUAAAUGAAAAUCACAAAGUAUGGAAGAAAAUGAUUGAAGAAGAAGAACUAAAUAAAUCUGAAGAGAGCAAACAGUCAGAGAGCACAUCCUUAUGUAAUAAAGAUGAAAUUCAAGUUAUAGAGGAAGCAGAUGAAGAAGAGGAGCAACAUUAAGGAGAAAAAAUAGUCUGAGACCUUUACAGAAUAGUAUAUAGUAUGGCUCCAGAAAAAAAAAUUCCUAAUAGUGACUGAAGACUGACACCAUUGAUAAAACUAAGAAAGAUCUGAUUACUCUGGGUGGACAUUUAUUUCUCAGGCAGUAUCCCACUCCUAUGCACUUUCAUUACAUGAAAUCCCAAAACUUUGUUCAUAAAUUUACUGCAUUCCACAAUGCAAAGGUUUUAUAUACUACCUGAUGUUCAGAUACUUUUUUGCUGCCUUGCUAAAAACAGCUGUUUAUUACUGAAAUUGUAUUUACAUGUUUGUUUGUUUUUAAAAAUCAACAGCCUCCCUUACCAAAGUCACCAGAAUAUUUUGCUUUUAGGAGCAAUAGGGUUAAACAUCUUUAAAGUUCUGAAAUUUGUAUUUUAUUUUUAAAGUGAAUUUCAAAAUCACUGUGCCUACCUAUAACUAUGAAUUUUCAGUUUGGUUUUUGGAAGUUUCUUGGAUUAUCUUGGAUUAAUUUAACCAUUCAGUGACUGCAGCCAGAAUCACUGGGCUUUGUGGUUAAAACUGAAUUCCGCAUGCAUCUGUUUGAUGCUUUUAACCAGGAUGGAUAACCUGCCAUUUUAUUUCUUUGAAAAUGUUUAGGUUUGCAGUGCGUUUACAGGCUAGCUGAUGGGCAGUGCAAUCCUGAGGCGAGAUAGUUGCACCACAAGCAGGAACGGUGCAGCCAUAGCACAGCCAUGUUACCUCCAAAGAGGCGUACUGCAUCGCAGCCAACAAGCCAACAGGGACCCUCCCCCAACCCCUGUGGAACUUCUCUAUGCAGCUCCAUGGGUUGCACAUAUCUUUUUGCAGUUAUAAGUCUACGUUGGUGAAUGAGGCUGUUCCUGAGCUGAAAGGGCUCAGAAAGUUGACUCAAGCCAGCCCCACUCCUGGGAAUGCUCCCUUCAGCACUGGUGUGUGCUCCUGCACAGGAGGAGCACUGGUGCCACAGUGGUGUUGUUACCCAAGUAUUUUGCUGCGACAUUGCUCUCCAGCCCCAGCAUAAGUGCCUCUGCAUUGGCAUAAAUGCCCCUUAUGGUGGCCAAGUAGCAUUUAAGCCAGCAUUGGGGGCACACCGCCUCCUGAGGGGUUUCCACUCAUCCUCUGAAUUGCACUGUAAAUAUACCCCUGUUGCCUUUUUUCUUGAUGUUCUGUAAUAGAACAUGAAAGCUAUUUCACUAUUUUGAUAAAGAGAUUCUGUUGUUUUAGUCUGCAAUGCUGUAUGGUCUGUUUUUACUCAGGAUUCAUGUUUGGGAACAUCAGAUUUUGUAUUACAAUACUGUGCUAAUGUUA